AUGGGGAAAGAGAACUUGACACAAUUGCUCUCUCAAUUGAAUGUGCAAUCCACGCAAGAGGAUUCUUGUGAGGUGGAGAAAAUAUGCAAAGAGUUACUGAAAAAUGGGUGUGAAAAUCCGGGUUUUAUCCUGAGAGCAUGCCUAGUGGCAGUAAUUAAACAAGAUAGAUACAAGUCGUCACUUGAGAUACUCAAACAAAAUAAAGACAUCGAUGACAAAUAUGGCGAAGAAUUCAUUUUGGAGAAACUCUACGUUUUCUACAAACUUGAUGCUACUCAUGAAUUCGAAGCACUGUAUUCUAAAAUCAAUCCACCUCCUCUCGAAUCUUUUGGAAAGGCAAACAAUAGAGGUAUCCUUCAUGUACGGGCGCAAUUUUGCUACAAGCAAGGACUUUAUGAGGAGGCAUUCAAGAUAUAUAAUUUACUGGCAAAACACAAUGGUGAUUUGAUCGAUAAUGAUUUGGAGUUGGCCUGCAAUGAGAGAGUGCCAUUAACAGCGAUGCCAGAUAUAAUCAAUGAUUCAACAAUUUUGAGCCAAGUUAAUGAAGAGUCAUACGACUUACUUUUAAAUGAUUCGAUGAUAUUAUCCGCUCGCGGGAAAUACGAUGAAGCAAUAGAGUUGUUAGAACAAGCUUACAAAAUUGCAAAAAGAGAAGGCUAUGAUAGAGAUCAAGAAGCCAUCGGGUUACAGUUAGCUUUUGUUUUGCAAAUGAAAGGUGAUAAUAAAGCCAGUCACAUCCAUCUCCAGGAAUUAGUAUCGCUACUGAAACAAGGCGGCAGAAAAUCUCCGUUCACCCUGUUAGCAAGAAUGAAUGAAAAAUCAUUUGCAGAUCUCUCAAAAUACAACGAUAACCUUAAUCUGUCUAUAAGAGAACUGGAUUUCAAGACUUUAGAUUCAAUGAAGAGCAAGCAAUUCACGCGUGAACAGUGGACUGUCAUAAACAGGAAUCGCCUAAUUUUGCAUUUGUUUAACAACAACUCGGUUCAAUAUGGCUCGUCAUUGCUUUCACGCUCGCUUCACAACUACUCAAAUUUGGUAAAUGACGUGAUCUUUGAGAGUUAUAAGACACAGGCAAAGAAGUUAUAUCACCACGCUGUACAAAUGAUCAAUAGUGGGGUAAAUGGAAGUGUCAUCGGAUUUUUGAUUAUCACUGUUCAACUGUUAGUUGUGGAAAAACAAUGGCAAAAUGCGAUAGCAGUCUGCGAGCUUUACUUGAAUAAAUUAGCGAACUCCACAUCUCAAGUCGACACCGUUGAGCAUCACGCGGUGUGCUACAUUCUGUUUGAACUUUACAAAAUUACUGGCAGAGAUCACUCAAAGAGCGUGCUAUUGAAGAAUCUUACAAAUGGGAAGAAAACUAUAUCGAAAGAUGUACCAUUUUGGAAACAUGUUGGCUUUCAACACUUAUCUCUUGGGAACAUAAAGGAUGCCAAAAAACUGUUCAAACAGGUUUUUGCAUACGAUAGUGAUAAAGCAUUAGAAAAAGUCAUCUUUGACACCACUUUAGAUGUUGAUGAAAGUCAGGAUAUUACCCAAAAUAUUGAUGUGGAAAAGCUACUACUGCAAGGAAUCAAAUGUCUAGAAACAUCCAAUAAAUUAGAAAGUAAGCAACAUAUCUCAAAGGUGCAGAAAAAGCGCAUCAAUUUGAAAAAGCAGAAAAAGAAGGAACAGCGACUAAAAAAAUUUCUACAAACUCACGGCUCUACUAAGAAUGUUGAUCCCGAAAGAUGGCUGCCUUUGAAGGAUAGGUCGUCGUACAGACCAAAAAAGAAGCAAUCUUUAACGAAACAAACCCAAGGUGGAGCAAUGAAUAAGAAAGCAGAACAGGCCCUAGAUAUCACUAAUAAGCUAAAGAAGACUGUUCCUACUACUCGCAGAAAGAAAGGCCAUAAGUAA